AUGUGUCUGUUUCUCGAUUCUGGCACAGCAACAGCAACGGCAACAGCAACAGCACAACACACAACACACACCCCAUACCGUCACCUCUCACCUCGAAGGAGAUUCCGCCUCACCCAUACAAGCUAGUAACGUUAUCUACUACUAGUAGUAGUAGAUAGAUAGAUGGAUGCCUCUAACUUGAGUUUACUGUGGGGUAUUCUACUGUUGGCAGUCUCCUGUGAGAAUGCUGUGGGUUCCAAAGGCGUAAGCGGAGGGGUUCGAGGGGCAACCACUGGAGGCACUGGCGGUGGUCGAGGCGUCUAUGUGACGGGCUCUUCGCGGAAAGGAAACACAAACCUCUACCUGUUCGCAUUGAUAGUAUUGUUUCCACUCUUGUUGGUCGGGAUUGUGUUUGUUAAUCGAAGCUAUCAACGAAAACGACUGGCACAAUUCCAGCAAGAGGUAGAAUUGGCCAAGGCAGACGUCCAUGACAGUAGUGCAGCUACCCAGAUGGCAAAGAAGAAUGGAGCCCGGCCCAGCAUUCAAUUGGCCAGCGGAAGUUUCGCUUCCAGCUAUAACAACUCUUUACGUGGCAAUGCAAAAUUCGCCUCGAACGGAACAAUCAGCUUUGAAAGGAAUUUGUCCGUCGAAGAUACUGCAGACCUCAAAGGCAAGAGCCAACAUUUUGCUUCCAUUGCGGGAAGAGGAGAGGAUGACGAUGGGCCAUUUGAGAUUGUUCAGGGAUUGGCAUCACAGCUUUCAGGAAAGUGCUACUGGAUUCAACGGGAGGCCGAGCAUGAUUAUUCCGGCAAUGCCAACGAGAAAACAACAAAGACGGGUACCACCACUCAAAAACGUUGCAGAUAUCCAUGGGCGCGACCACAGCGGGAAGUCCUGGUUGCUGGGACCUUCCACAAUGCAGCUGGUUCCGCAAUGGCUUUUUCAGGUAGAUGGUGGAACAGCAACGGGGCUAGUGGAUCCUUCACAGAGUUUAGAAUCGGCAAAGCCAAGUGAUAGCUCUUACGCAGAAGCACCAUCAACAGGAGCUGGCAGAACAGUUCGAAAAUAUAUGCCAAAUACGCUUCCGCGGACAUGGUCUAUUGCGUCGGUACCACCAAAUGACAAGCGGCAACUGUUCCUUUCGGUUCGACAAAGAAGAAACCACUUUUUUCUUUGACGGUCUGAUGCUCGGAUGGUAUCGGUUGAUCCUAUAAAAGCCGCAACCUUUUGAUCCAAGAAGCCGCACAUCGGAAGAGGAUUUGACCCGCAACUGUAGUGUGGGUCAUUGGAGACGGG